AUGAUGUUUCAAAACAGUGAAGAAGAAAUUAUGGAAAGAUCUAGUCAUACUUCUAACUUUGAAGAACCUUUACAAGAUAUUAAAAAUGCAAAAUUUGAAAGUUUACCUUCUAAAAAAUUCAAUGAUGAAUAUAAAUUUGAAGAAACAAUAGUUGAAAAAAUGUUUACAGAAGAAAUAUGUAGUAGUAGUGAAGGAAUACCUUAUAUAGAUGAAAAUAUUGGUGUAAACUAUGAAGCUUAUGAUUUAUCAUUAAUUGUAUUUGAUAAAACUGAAAAAAGAUAUUUAGAUUCAAAUUAUGUUGAUAAAGAAACAAAAGAAUGUUUAAAGAAAAAAGAUGAAAAUAAUAAAAAAGUUCGUUUUGAAAAAGACAUUUCAGAAUAUGAUAAUUUAAAGGAAAACUUUGAUUGGUGGUUAAAUAAAAAAGAAAAUCGUAGAAAAAGUUAUGAACAAAUGAUACCACUUAACGAAACAACAUUAACAAAAGAAAUUGAAAAUGAUAUGCAACAGGAAAGUAAUGAUCAAUUUUUUGCAGCAAGUAAACUUUCAAUAUGUCUCAAAUUAUUAAAAUAUUUUUUUCUUUUCCUACUAUUUUUUAUUCCUUUAUUUUUAAUAAGUUUAGCUUUUUUUGGUUUUGGUUUAUGUGAUAUUCAACCAACAAUUCCACAUAGUUUAUAUUUUAUUGGAUUUUUUAUUUUUAUUUCAUUUGUCUUAUCAAUUUUACUUUCAUUGGAUUGGUCUCCAGCUAUAGCUAUAUUUUUAACUAUUAUAUUAUCUAUUAUUUGUAUUAUUUUAACAGGAUUUAUACUUUUUGUGACUUAUUGGUUCUCAGAUUUUUAUUAUCUUCUUCAACAACAACCACCACAUUGUCCUACUUUUUAUUGUAGUGAUAGAAGUGUAUUUGCAUAUGUUACAGCAAUUCUACUUUCAUGGAUAUCAUUAGGAAUUAUAUUAUAUCUUAAUAAAAACAUUUUUUCUAAAGUUACUUUUUGUAAAUAA